AUGGCAUCUGUACAGGACUAUCUCACUGGCACCGUCGACAACGCAAAACUUCGUGCAAGGGUCGCAGAGGGUGGUGUGCUGCAUGACCUUCCCGAGACCGUAGAAGGUUUGGGUACCUUUUGGGCUGGAAAGGCGGAUGUUCCAAGUUUCUGCAAAAUAAACCAAGAUAACACUUACACUCGAAGCUACGUCAACAUCGACAACGAUAAUCGUGAAAAAGUUCACAUGUAUAUUGGCGAAGUAUUGGGUUUCAACCAAGGAACGGCCCUUGCGCCGUACGGAAAUUUUUCAAGACCUGCACCUGAAACUAUCAGCGACAAGACUAGUGUUAGACAAAUUUUAGUACUGGGUUCACCUUCAUUUGGCAAUGAAUACGUGAAAGGUUGCUUCGGAAACCAAGCAAUCUCAGUUCUUGAUGCAGUGGAAGCACAUGACAAUGGGACUCAUAUGCAUUUUUCCUCUAUCAGAUAUCCUUUCAAGCGCCUUUGCGUUGGCGAUAACAUGCCACCAGACGCUUUGAUUUUCCACACGGAAAAGAUUUACCAGGUCCCACCGUCGUCGGAGAGGUCAAGGCCGUUUGGAACUCCUAUCAAAUUUCAGAAAGCGAAUUUGAAGAGGAAAUUAGAACACUUCGCAGAAACGUCGUCGCAAUACCAGGAAGGUCAGACUGAAGACUCUUGUGACGUCAAAGUGGGGGAUUUCAUUGACCCAAAAUGUCUCCCUGGUUAUACUGGUGGCGUGUUUCAACUGGGAGAUGCUCGAUGUGUUGUACAGGAUAUCAAACAACCAAAUAAUGCCGUGGUUCAUCCCAAAGAUUGGUCGCGAGUGCUCACACCAGGAGCAUUGGUUUGGAUUGGUGCCGUUCUUAAGGCAUGGAUUAUGCCAGAUGGAUCCAAUGGAAACCGGAAAGUGAGCGGGAAAUUUUUGGACUUUCUAACAUCUAACAAAUUCGCAAAUCAGUUUUAUCAUUUAAGCAUCGUUACCAUCGAUAUCAUAGACUUUUCACCUUUCGAGCCAAUCACGCGCGGACUCCGAGCGGUCCCACAUCCAAUCGCGUCAUUGCCCAUAAAGAAACCGGAUAAUACAUCGAUGUUCGACAGGAACCUAUUACGCCCACGCAAAACUGCAGAAUGCAUGUCAAGGACGGCUAAUGAACCCAAUCCUUCUCCUGCUUCGACCAUUUCUUCAACAGAAGAUGUCGAGUCAAGUUCAAACCUAUCUCGAUCCUCUGGCAAGGAACCGUCGAUUAUUUCUCCAACGGACACCGAGAAGACAACUUCAUCUGUACCUCAGUCUUCUAGCGAGGGACCAUCGACCAUUUCUUCAAUAGACAAAUUGGGACCUACUUCAUCCGUACCUCGCUCUUCUAGCGGGGAACAAUCUUUAAUUGCUUCCUCUUCUUCUGCCAAGGUAUCUUCUGCAGGGUAUUACGAAGAUUUUGAUUUGAUGGUUGCUCCAGUCAACAAGAGGAAAAAAGGAAAAAACCCUAUGUAA